AUGCCACCAAAAAAGCCCCUGGCGCAUUGGUGGCUCAAGCCCACUUUCCCGUCCUUGGACUCCGAAGGCACUGAUUUCUGCGACUAUACGCCGGUCCCGAAGCCCCCAAGCCCUUCCCUUGACGCGCUAUUCAUCUCUGAACAUGUACAGCUCCGGAGUCUGGGAGGACUUCGCACAUCCGAGUCCAUCAUACUGCAGCAACUGGAGCCAUACACGCCGCGGGUCGUGCUCCCAAAGGUACUCGCCGGCUUCGACAGCGGCGACUCGAGCGAGGAGGAAGAGCAGAUUGCAAAUGAUCUGUUCAACAACGACGACGAUGAUUAUAGUAUUGACGACGAGCCAGGCGGCGCCCCGUUGUUCCCCUCCAAAGAAUUUUCCCACUCAAUGCCGGCCCCGUGGGUCGAGCGCGACUUUGUCCAAGUCGACGAGUCCAAGUGGUUCAAGCUCUUUCGAAAGGAAAGAUGGGCUAGUUAUUGUCACUCCGACCCUUCCCAGGUAUCGGUCGACAUCGACAACGAUGACCACUGGAGAAGACUGAGCCGGGUUAUAGAGAUCGCCAACCGAAUCCUCAACGAGGUUGCCGAUCAGGAAUGGAUAGGAAGCUUCCUCGAUCCCAGGGCCCGCGACAUCCGCGCUCCCGUCACGUCCGGAAAAGGCUCCGCGAGCCAGUCCAACACGGUCAUCUACCGCGUCGUUCCCUCCCCGCCUGCGUCCCGUCUCUCCAAGGCCCAGGCUCGCGCCGCGCUUGACGAUAUCGCAGAGUACUUCUUCUGGGGCUUCCACAUGCCCGAUGAGUAUCCCAACGUGACCGGCAAGACGUAUCACGUCCCGACCGACGACGGGACUCACGCACACUGGAUGACGCUAGCCUUGGAUUCCUUGACGCCCGUGUUCAAGGACAGCACACCUGAGGAUCCGGAGGGGAGGCAGGUGGCUGUCGGCAUGGCCAAAACCCACGCCAUAUCAUGGCAUUUCUUCAACUUGAUGCCCGAGUCCACUGUGUACAAAUGUCGCACGCACGAGCUUUUUUUCGAUGAGGAGAGAUGGGCGGAAGCAGGCUACUCUUUCGAGAAUAGUGUAUUCGGAACGACCGUCAAAAACCACUGGGUGUGCGACGACGGCCGCAUCCAAUACUUGGGCAUUCGCGGUUUGAGUCCUCAUACAUGCGAAUCCGCCUUGCAUUAUACAUACGACAACUGGUCCAACGGGGACCCCUUCAUCGACGUGCCGCUGGGAAUCCCCGCCGUCUUUCCCUGCGCCCUGACGACUUCUGACUUCUGGGAGAGCCACGUCCAAAGAUAUGGCGCCUCGAGCUUACGGACGUCUUGGGUCUGCGAGGGCAGGUCCGAGCUGAGCAAAGGUACAAUGCACGUGUGGCCCGCCAAAGUCAUGUCUGAGCCAUACAAGUAUUCGAGAUACGUCGAGCUCAACAAGAGCAUGAAAUCCGUCGCGCAGAUGUUGCGGAAAAGGCGGCUGGACCUGAAAAGACUGCGACCCUGGUACGCCGAAGAAUACGCCUUUUGGUGCCAGACGGUGUAUGCUCACUCGAGGCGGCGUUUUGCAAUGGGGGGAAUAGCGUUCAGUUUUCGCGGCCGCUCGGUCAAACACGAGGCCGAGGCAAGAGAGGCCAUCAGCACCUCGAUAAAGCCCUAUCAACUGUUGUCCAACCUAGAGAGGGCUAGUCCAGAUCGGUUGGUUUCGCAAAUGUUCUUCCAGGCCUUCGGAUUUCUCGCCUUGGCGGCGUUGCCCAUCAGAACGAGCCCCCUUCGGUAUCAGGACGAGAGCAUUGGUGAGUUCCCCGACAGAAUCAGUCAGGGUUUGAGACCUGGCUUCGCCGGAAACGAAGAUCUUGUAGAUUGGCUGCUCAAGUACGGGGAACGGAUUCUGGCGAACAAAAAGUCCAACACGCUGCAUGGCACUCGGUCACCCAGCCACGACAAGGAGCUGUGCAUGAGCAAUGCCGACCUGGCCUUCCGGCGCUGGGAAGCGCUGGGAUGCGUUACCGGUUCUAUCGUGUGUGACUUUGAGACCGAAUUGCAGAUUAUGAGGAGGAGGCUUGACCAGGCACCUUUCGAUGAUGUAUUCCUGGACUGGGACAGUGUGUCAUGGCGCGUUCUCACCCCUUAUCAGGGUCCAGCGGCUCACUCCAGCCCGGUUUCUCUCCGCCCGGACAACAAGCGCGCGCAUCAAAGCAAAGGGGUCGACGCGGACAUCCCGGCAUGGGCUAUUGCGAGACCGAUGAUGAUGGUCUCAACCGCCCCGGCCCCCGUUCGAACUAGGCCAAACGGAACCCGUGUUCCCUACUACACUGUCGGGGAGGUCGGCGACCACCAAACCAUCGGGGCCUCCGGGGUAUGGGGUUGCUUAUUCGAUGGGAAAGAGAUGGAGAUUUACGACAUCACUGACUUGAUUCUGGACCAGGACGGAGACGUCUUGGAGUGGAACUACGCCACGAUGGCCACCUUCACCCAGCCAAGUCCCAUACUCGGUGCUCCUCGGGUGAUAGACCCCCAGGUCUUUAGCCAGGAGUGGUCCAAACUUUUCCGUUCCAGAAACAGAUUUAUCGGGAACGUCAUGAUCGACCGCGUGAGGGAGGAUGUCAUGAUUAAUGACGGCAAGCUCGGCAGACCUCGGUGGGCUGCCCUCGCUAACAGCGUGUUUGAUAUCACCGGUUAG